AUGCUUGAUCCAUGGAACCGGACAUACGAAGAAUGGAGUCGUCAAGAGUUGCAAUUCUUAAUCGACGCGAGAGCUUGCGUUGACGAAGGCAGAACGUUUAUGACCUGGUCUGUAACAACUCAGAUAUUUUGUGAGAGGUUCAAGUUCAAACUAGAAACAUCGACACAAAGCAGUUUGCAGAAACUAUUCACUGAUAAGAAUCCACACUACGCAAGAAUGCAUGAGGAAGUUGGAUGGGAAAAUAAGGGAUUUUAUAAAAGAAUGAUAUGCUACGUCGCUAGAGUUGAACACGACUGGGCCAAGUCAAACUACAUCCUUACAGAGGACCUAAAUCAUCUGAAAGUUGAUUUUCCUUAUGUCGGCUGGGAUCAUAUGUAUUUCAAAUACGAUCUGGAAGGUCGCUUUCUUGCGGAGCCUAACGAAUAUUACGAAGUUAGACAGAAUGAAAAAAUUCCAAGCCACUUAGGCAAGGACGGGACAAGAUAUGUUGAGGAACAUAAGACAACCCUUAGAGUCUGGAGUCUGGCUGAGGAUACUGCUCUUCGGGAUUUGAUGGCUGUCGAGCCACGAGGAACUUCAGAGGGAAUGGCGGCGGUUCUCCAGGACAUGUUUGGCAGAGGGUAUGAUCACUUUGCAUUGGGGGAGUUUUGGCGAAGGAAUCGACAUCGUAUCAUUGCUUGCAAUCCAGAGGCACAUCCUGAGAGAUUUAAUAGGAAUCCUCAAUAUCACACGGAUUAUGGUUUCAACAAAUAUGGUAUCGAAGACCAAAAGCCAACCAAAGCUCCAGGCGCUGGACCUUUCGCAUGGAAUGAUAAACCUAGUGGAUGGGGACUAUUCUACCUCGGAUACUGA